CUGAUUCUUCAGUUCAUAUUCUCAUACGAUCGUGUUUAGUCAUAUUUGUGUAAGUUGAGACCAACCCACAACGCGUUCAGAUAAUAAGAAUUGACAUCUUUUUGUAACUUUUGGGAUAAUUUUUUUAACAAAACUGGAAUGUAAAAAAAUGAAUACACUAAAAGGAAGCUGUGAGACAUUAUCAGACUUUCGUAAAAGAGGAUUAUCGCCAAUAUUUUCAUCUUUACGACCAAAAAAAGAAAAAAAGAAAGAGCCAAAAAAGAAACCAUCCAGUUCAAAAUCAAUAUUUUCGACUCUAAUGCUUGCAAACAUUGAAGAUCGUAUGUAUUUUGAUCAAAGUGGAUCUCUAGACUCAUUAUCAUUUGAAGAACAGAAAAAGAAGAUAAGAGCUAAGUUGGAACGCAAGAAACUUGAGAAACCCAAAAUCAUACCAGAUGUAGUUAUUUCUAGUCCAGAAGAUAUCCAGAAUGAAGAGUUCGAUGACGAAGAUGAAAAAGUUGAUGCUCCAAAACCAGUUUCUGCUAUUGUGCUAAAUGUAGAUCCAUUUAUUUAUGAGAUAUAUGAAGAUGUUCUUUAUAAUAUUUUGCAUCAAUUAAAUCAUGAUGCCAGUAGCAAUAAACUUGGUGAUGAUUAUGAAGAUGAAAAUGAUCAACCGCCGAUUGAAAGUGAUUCAGCAUUCUCAUAUGUAAGAGAUGCAUUCGGAAUUAGUAUAUCUAAACACGAUGAAUCACUGGACAGAGUUAAAGCAAAACCAGCACCAGAGACAAACGUAAAUCAAGAAGAAAAUGAUUCUAAAGCAAAUAAGCAAAGCUUUUGUUUACUCUCGCCUAAAAUAAAGAACUUUGAAUAUAUUGAAGCGCAUUGUGCACUAUUGCAAAUCUUAUUAAAACAUGAACUAGAAACAUCAAAAAUCCCACCAUUUUUCUGGUCAGGAAAAUUUAAUUAUUUGGCUACAAAAGUAUUAUCCAUCCAUGCUGAAUUUCGAUUUAUUGAUGAACCUUACACUUCAUUUGCAAGAUGGGCAGCUUACUCAGAAAUACAUAGGCAUCAUCCAUUGAGUUUGCAAAUAUUCAACAAAUUACUUGAUAACAUUAUCGAUGUUUAUAAAGAUGAAUUUGAAUCGACAGCCUUAGCGGUUCCGAAAAUGUCAUUUAUCCCAGCUUGUUUUGGAUUUAUUGGAAAUAUCACAACUGGUGUUCCUGAAAUAGAAGCACAAAAUCGAUGUAGUGAUCAACUGAAAACAAAGGACGAUGAAGUUGUCAAACUUUUUUGGAAUUCAACUUAUAAGCUGCAAGAUGCUUUCCUUGAUUUUAUCCAUAAUCUUCAUUAUAAAGCAGAUGAAGAAGAAAGUUUUAUAAAAAUUGUCGUUUUAAGGAACAUCUUUGAGAUUGUCAAGAGAAUCGAUAAAGUUUUUCUACCAAGAGACGUAGAUGAACGAAGGUUCGUGGAUUUAAUGACAAAGUCUUUAACUGAUGGAACUAUUGAACAUUUUAUGAGAAAUGUCAACCAAAAAAUUCUAAAGCAAACCAAAAAUAAUGAGAAGAGAUUAGAGGAGCUCAUUCGAGUGAUUAAAUUUGUACAAGAACACUUUAAACAAUUUGUUGAAGAAUUUGGUCACGUCUUUCUCUCUUUUUACGACAUAAAAUUUGCAGAACUUCUAUACAAAGUUUACGACUCACAACUUGCAUUUAUAAUCAAACCAAUUGUUCUUGAAAUCAGCAAGACAAAGGAAGGAAAUAUUGACAAUUUCGCAAAUGAAGAAGAAGAGGCUGUUGCUGUUCAACUUUUCAAACUUUAUCGUGAAUUAAAGAAAUAUUCCGAUUAUGGAAUGGAAGCUUAUGGCAAUUAUGAGUUUGAAACUAAGGAUUACUCUAAUUGGUUUUCAGCUGGAAUUGAUAAAUGGUGUAAAGUUUCCGUAUUUAGUGCCAUGUCGAGAAUCGAAAAAUCAAUCGAUGUCGAUAAUUUGAAACCGGAAUCGAAAGAUGCAAAAUAUUCAUCGUCAGCUAUUGAUACGAUACAAAUUUUGUAUUCAGUAAAAGGAUUUUGGGAAAAUUUGCAAUGGCCUGAUACUGUUAAGGAAGCAGAAAUUGCAAAUCACAUAGCUGGAGAUUUGUGUAGAUUUGCAACAAUGUAUUUCGAUAAGUUUGGCGCUAAAGUUUUAAACACAGAGGCAAUGAAUAACACGGGUAUUUUCAAAGUGCCAUUGGAAUUGGCGGUAGCUAUAGCAAAUUUCAAUUACAUAUCAGAUAAAAUGCAAAUUCUCAUAGAUGAAUUGACAAAAGACAAGGAAACUGAUAGAAGCAGCAUACAGAAAUUUUUAGGAAACGCUUUGAAAUACUUGAUGGACACAACAUAUAAAUUGUUAAACAAUACGAUUAAAAAAUCUGUUCCAACAAUAAAAAAGUUAAUGCUUGAAGGUGGUGAGGAAUAUAGUGCAAUGGACGAUGAUAUUGCAGACAGAUUAAUGACAUACAUUGAAGAUAUGCUCUUGACUCUACACGAUGACUUACCAAAUCGGGAGUUUGAGGUAGCAAAAUCAAUUUUAUGGCAGGAUAUGCUAGCAAUUCUAGCAGAAUUAGUUCAAAGUUCAAUAGGUGAAAGAAUGUCGCCUGAAUUUUUCACAAAUCUACGAAGAAUAUUUACAAUUUUAAAGCAAAUAUUCAAAUACUCAGAGGAAUUGGCAAACGAUGACGUACUCAACAAAAAAAUAGAACGCAUUGAUUAUUUGCUAGAGUGCUAUGGACUUAAUACAUCUCGACUUAUUCAUCAAUACUAUAAAGAUCGCUAUGACAUGCAGCAACAAAUUAACAAAACUCCAUUCAAUCCUUAUGGAAUUCUGACAGUUUUCUGCCAUUUUACUGACAAUAUCCUUCGCAUCGAAAUUUUGAAUGCGAGAAAUCUCAUUCCAAUUGGACCGAAUAGAAAAUGUGAUUCAUUUGUUAAAGUUCACAUCAUUCCUGACAAAUAUUUUCCGACUUGUCAAAACUUUAAGACAAAAGUUCAACAGAACACUCAUUUUCCAUUAUAUGAUGAAGUUUUUGAGUUUACGUUGACAAGGGAACAACGAAUUAUGAAGGAUGCAAUCAUAUACUUUAAUAUUAAGGAUAAAUAUUUGAUUGGAAGCAAUGAAUGUCUUGCUGAAGCAUUUCUAUCAUUCAGUGAUAUCCCAGAGUUUGUUCAUAAGGAUAAAAUGAAGCAAAUACACUUGACACUGACAAGAUUACAGAGUGAUGAGCUUGAAUCAUUGAAAGCUAUUCAACAUAGAAUUCAAUUGGGAGACAAGGAUGCGAAAGAUUUUCUUGCAAAAUUAAGAUCAAGAACAUUACUAUCACCAAAGAAAUUAAAAAUUCCAGUGACACAGCUUUAAAUUUAAGAAAAAUAAGAUGACUAAUAGAGGUUUAUAAAAAACGUACUAGUCUGUUGGCACUCCGUUUUUAUUACAUAUCACAUGUAAACAAUCCCGUACCAAUAUAAAAAUUUGAAUAUAUGCAUUAACGAAUAAUAAGGCACAGUAUCAAGAAUUUUCUUUUUACCGGAAACUCAAUGAAAAUUAGUCAGAAUUAAGAAUUCAUUAAUUUUCCUCACUUAAAUUACUAGUUUUCACUGCUUAAGUGAGAAGCUUAUAAAAUAGCUACUUAAAUCAGUAUAUUUGUAUAAAUAUUUAUGUAAAUUUUUUGUUGCAGCUUAACAUUGAAAUGCGGUUACCGAAUAAAAUUUUCCAAUCACUAUUUUAUUUUAGUCACGAGUAUCAAAUAUUUUUGAUGUGAAAAUUGUAAUUAAAUUCUUAUGAAUCAAUAAAAAUCUAAUGAAAAUGCGAUCUUUAAACAA